UUUGCCACGUUGGAUGCGCGCGGCCAUAUUGACUUUUAGCAAAACAAAAUUUCGUAAAGUGAUCUACAUUUGUCCAGAUUGUACACUUAUUAUUACCCUGCUGGAAGGGCUGAUGAUUCUGAACUAUAUUUAAACAACCAAGGAUUCAGAAAUGUAUAAAUUAUCUUUAGGAAUCACUAUAUUUGCUGUGAUAUGGGCCGCGACUAUGGCCGGAGAAUUGACAUUCGAGUUGCCUGACAAUGUUAUUCAGUGUUUUUUUGAAGAGAUUGAAAAAGGACAGAAAACAACCCUUGAAUUUCAGGUUGUGACUGGAGGGAACUAUGACGUUGAUAUGGAAUUGACACAGCUUUCAAAUAAACAAGUUCUUUAUAAAGAUACCCGCAAACAAUAUGACAGUUUCACAUGGACCCCUGAUACAACUGGAACAUAUAAAUUCUGCUUUAGCAAUGAGUUCUCCACAUUUACACACAAAGUUGUCUACUUUGAUUUCCAAGUUGGUGAUGAGGACCCCCUGCUGGAGGGUAUGGGAGAACAUGCAACUGCAUUGACACAGAUGGAGAGCAGUUCUGUGACUGUCCAUGAGGCAUUGAAGGUUGUCGUUGACUACCAGACCCACCAUCGUCUGCGAGAAGCACAGGGACGUGCUUUCGCUGAAGAUCUAAACGAGCGUGUACAAUAUUGGUCAAUUGGGCAAACAGUCGUUAUUUUAAUUAUUGGAAUAGGUCAAGUGAUUGUAUUACGUAGCUUUUUCACCGAUAAAAAAUCAAGAGUUAGUGCCACCUAGUGUAUGUUAUAUCUAGGGAAUUGUUUUGUAAGCGUCUUAUAUUAUGUAAAUGUUGCUGUUAUCUGGAAGUAGAAAAUGCUGUAUGGAUAAAUCUCAUUUGGGAACCCUUUUAUUAUGCAAAUAGACAACAUUUAAUUAAUAGAUUUGACAUUUGUUUUAAAUUCAGAAUUAUUUUUUCCUUAUAGAAUUCAGCUUUAUGAACAUUAUGUAAAUAUAUAUUCACAUCACAGGGAUAGUUCAAUUAAAUUCAUUCAACAUUUUCUACUCAUUUAACAAAUAUGUAAAUAUUGUCUUUUAUUGUCACUUUGAGUUGUUUUUAAGUAAAAACAUCUAUUCAUUGGAAUUUUUUGGAAGGUUCUUAUAUGUAGACAUUUUGUAAUAAAAGAAUUAAAAUAUAACAAAAGACAAUUCAAAACUGACUUUGGUGGAAAAACACAGAUUUCUACCUUGUACA